AUGGUAAAGCUGUUCUUAAACAGACGGAGAAACCUCAACGAAACGUCCAGCGAACUCAUCGCACGUUUGCUUGAAGUUGUCGAGGAGUGUUUUGCGACUCAUGAAUAUCUCAAUCUGUUCGACAAUAUGAGCAUACCUUCGCCCCAUGUCGAUACCCACUUUCAGGGAGCCAUUUAUGUAUCGGAAAUUGAGAUAUCUCGUCUUUACCAGGAGAUUAUCCUAGAGGGUGUUACAGAUCCGGCGAAGAGAGCUCUGGUCUUUGCGUCCAUGGCCAUUGGCAAUCUCAACUAUUCAAAGAGCAGUCGCUCCAGCCCGACAACUAGCAACGAUACCGGCGGUAGUUCACACUAUGAGGAGGCCUUGCUGGCAGUGGAGAAGAUGUUUGUUGCCAGGCCAUCGAUCUUGGUCUUCAAGGCUUUACUCACGACGUCAUUAAGCGAUGCCUUCAUCGACCAUGACCCACUAAGCGAAUGCGACAAACCCGGUGUCACUGCAACUUUUCGAGAUUUCCACGCUCAUUGCCGGCUAUCCCAGCUCUGCUCUCGCAUGUCUGAAGAUCUACACAUGGCAGGUGACGUUAGUGAUCCGAACUCAGUUGCAAAAGUGAGCGAUCGUGCCGAGAAAUGGAUUGUGGUUCUUCAAAGAUUCAACUCAGAAGUGCUCGAGACAAGGAGGUGGGAAGACCAUCUCUUUGCUUGGACUCCCAACAGUACACAUUCAGACACAUCAAAAUUAUCGGUUCCUGUUUCCAGCUACCCAUCCAAGUUGUUUCUUUUCGAAAUGGCUCUCUUCGCGUACGCACGACUCUUUCAAAAAGCGGGUGCGGACAUCUCUGGGCUUGAAAAGUCAGAGCAUAUUGUUGCGCAAUUCGCAUCUGAGGUUCUUAACGUCAUUGUCAAUAUGGAUCCCAGCACAACCAGCAUGGACCGCCACUUUGUUCAAGUCGCUGUAAGCUCAUUUUGCAUUACGGCAGUCUUUGCUCGGUUGCACCCUGAUCAGGCAACGACUUUCAAACAGUUGGUGUCAACACUGGGUCUGUUUGCGCGAGUUUCGACGACAUCGUCCGUUGUUUCUCUGGGAAAGCUUAGCUCCGUGGUUGACAGCGUUCAACGGCUGAUGACACCAGAUACCCAGCGGAGUUCGCAAGGAGUUUAG